AUUUCACCGUUUUUGCGGAAUCCUCCGCAGAGGCCGACCACGGCGUAGCCGCGUAGUAGACUUGUUGACUCUAUAUAAACGUCAGCACCGCCACCCACCCUCCGGAUCGAUCCGCCCCUCGCCCAACCCAAAAGUUGCAUGCUUCUCUCCAAGUAGGCAGACGCGCGUGAAGAAGAGGCGGCGGCGGUCGGGUUUGGGCGUUGCGGCGGCUGUGACCACAUGGAGCACGGGCACGGGAGCCUCUUCGCGUCCGCCGUCGGCGUGGGCGUGGGCGUCGGCCUCGGCCUCGUGUCGGCCCGGUUGACGGCCUCCCCGACCCCAGGCGGCGGCGCUGGCGGCGGCGGCGGCGCUGCGGGCGCGGAGGUGGAAGCGGAGCUGCGGCGGCUUGUGGUCGACGGGCGCGAGACCGGCGUCACCUUCGACGAGUUCCCGUACUACCUCAGCGAGGAGACGAAGCUAGCACUCACGAGCGCCGCGUACGCCUACCUGAGCAAGAUGAGCUUGCCCAAGCACAUCCGGGUCCUUUCCGCAGCCAGCCGAACCAUACUGCUCUGCGGCCCCUCAGAACCAUACCUUCAGUCGCUCUCGAAGGCUCUGGCAUACCACUUCAACGCUCGCCUGCUGCUCUUAGAUGUUCCCCAAUUCUCUCGCCGGAUCGAACACAAAUACGGGAGCGCAAGCAGUAGCCUGGUCCGUAAAAGAUCGUUAACUGAGGCAGCUUUGGACAAAGUGUCUGGUCUGGUUGGAUCUUUCAACUUUUUCCGCAAGAAAGAUGAACCAACAGAAUCAUUGAAUCAUGGAAAGAACAUUCUGGAUUUAAGGACGGGUAAUUGCUGUGCUAGUUACACACCUUCUGUUCGAGUACAUGUAUCUUUAUUACCUGGCGCCCUUGGCCAUGACUCAGAUUCUUUGGAAGAGUUUGAGUCAGUUACAGAGAGCUGGAAUUUAGAUGAGAAAAUUCUUAUACAGUCCCUUUACAAGAUCAUAAUUUCCGUUUCUGAAUGCAAUCCAGUUAUUCUUUACAUAAGGGAUGUCAACAUAUUACUUGGUAUUUCAGAUAGAGCACAUUCCAUGUUCCAGAAAAUGUUGAGCAAAUUGUCUGGACAAGUGUUGAUAAUUGGUUCGCAGUUCCUCGAAUCUGAUGAAGAUAGUUAUGAUGUUGAUGAGGAUGUCAGUGCUCUAUUCCCGUACAUUCUGGAGACUAAGCCCCCCAAAGAGGAGACCCAUCUUGCACAAUGGAAAACCCAAAUGGAAGAAGAUACUAAGAAAACCGAGGGCCAAAAAGCUAAAAAUAUAAUUGCAGAUGUGCUCUCAGCCAACAGUCUGGAGUGUGAUGAUUUAAACUCAUUUGAUCCGGAUGACAAUUUAACAGCUGUUGGAAGCUACAUUGGAGAAAUUAUGGCCCCAGCAGUCUCUUACCAUUUGAUGAAUAACAAGGACCCUGAAUACAGAAACGGAAAGCUCAUUAUUUCUUCUGAGAGCUUAUCUCAUGGAUUAAGCAUUUUCCAAGAGAGCAACCUUGGGAAAGAUACUGUGGAACCGAAGGAUGACACAAAGAAGAGUGCUCCAGACAAUGAAUUCGAAAAGCUGAUCAGACCAACCGUUAUACCGGCCAAUCAAAUAGGAGUGACAUUUGAUGACAUCGGAGCACUGGCUGAUAUCAAAGAGUCACUUCAGGAGCUUGUCAUGCUUCCACUUCAGCGGCCUGAGCUUUUCAAUGGUGGCGGUCUCCUGAAGCCAUGCAGGGGAAUUCUACUAUUUGGACCUCCUGGAACCGGGAAAACGAUGCUUGCCAAGGCUAUUGCAAACGAAGCUGGUGCUAGCUUCUUGAACAUCUCCAUGUCCACCAUCCUGUCGAAAUGGUUUGGAGAGGCCGAGAAGAUUACCCGGGCUUUGUUCAGUCUGGCUGCUAAAAUUGCACCAGCUAUCGUUUUCGUGGAUGAGGUGGACAGCAUGUUAGGGCAACGCGAUAACCCCAAUGAACAUGAGCUGCCGCGAAGAGUCAAGAAUGAGUUCAUGACUCACUGGGAUGGACUCUUAUCGAAGUCGACUGAAAGAAUUCUUGUCCUUGCUGCAACGAACAGACCGUUUGACCUUGAUGAAGCAAUCAUCAGGAGGUUUGAGCACAGAAUAAUGGUCGGCCUCCCAACUCUGGACAGUAGAGAGUUGAUUUUGAAGAAGCUCCUGUCGAAAGAGAAGGUUGAAAGUAUCGAUUUUAAGGAGCUUGCAACAUUGACUGAAGGUUACAGUGGAAGUGAUCUGAAGAAUCUUUGCGUGACAGCUGCUUACCGCCCUGUCAGAGAGCUAAUUCAGGAAGAACAAAAGAAGAAGGGGGAUAAGAAAGGAAACGCACUGGAGGUGAAGGGGGAGCCAGGAGCGAACCCCAAAAAUCAAGAGAGCGUGGAGAACUCGGAAAGCAAGCAAGGAGAGAAAGGCAUGCAAGGCCAAACUGGAGAGACUGUUGCUCUCAGGUCGCUGACCAUGGACGACUUGAGAAAUGCAAAGGAUCAAGUUGGGGCGAGCUUGGCUAGUGAAGGCGCUGUCAUGAAUGCCAUCAAGCAAUGGAACGAGCUCUACGGCAAGGGCGGGUCGAGAAAGAAGGAGCAACUCACAUACUUCUUGUAGUGGAGGAUUCAGAUUUGUAUAUACAGAUGUAUGUGCCGUAUGUCAUUUGGCCUUCUUUCGUAUUGUCCUGCACCUGGAGAGCAGAUGAAAAUGCUGUCAAGCGAUGUUUAGGUUCACCCGUGGAUUCAUCGGAGGCUAUUCAAUUAGGGAUAGGUCUCACUACACCAUGUACUAAUUGGUUGGGAAAAUUCCCUUAUGUUGAUUGAAUAAUGUUGAAUCGUGUUUUGGGGGAUGCAUCAUUGGAGCUUAAAGUUCCCACAAGUUCCUGCA